AUGGUUGAUCUCAAGUCAAAGCUGCAAGCCAGGCUUUUCAGGAGGAAUUCUGGCGUCCCCUUGCUCCCGUCCAGCAAGAGCUACAACGGCACCGGCAACCAUGGCAGCAUCAACAGCCCCAGCGACGACGCCAAGAGCGACAAGAACCUUGCAUUGGAGAGCGUGCGACCAACAUCGUCAGUAUCUGUUGAUGCCAUCACCGACGCGAGCGGAAGAGGAGGCCGGGAGCCGAAGCGGGUAGGAGGCGGAGGAGAAGCUGCUGGCAGAGCGAGAGCGGGAUCAGGAGCGGGAGUUGGAGCCGCAAAUGCUGCACCCGGGGAACACAAGGAAAGGGUAUCGCGGUUCCUUGCUCUCUUGCCCGGGGCGAGCCACAGCGCAAAAACAGGAUCGCGACAAGCCACCUCUCCGAAACAACGUCGGCAAAGCAUUCAGAGCGUUACAAGCGAGACGCCAGGUGCUACAACCGGCGACCAGGGAGAAGACGGGAGACUGAAACAGCACGAAUCGAACACCGACGACACCAAUGGCGACUGUCUCAACAGAGGCGGCGGCGACAAAGACGAAGAUGCGGAUCUCCAUGUCUUUCCCCCUGCGACUGCUGGUGCUGGGUCCGGGCACAUUGACAGCGGCAGCACCCGUGGCACUGACAAUGACAGCAAUGACAGCAAUUGCGACACAGGAAGCCCCCACGCGAAAAGUGCCCAGAAUGCCGACAAUGCUGCCGCGGCAGGUGCUGCAACCAAUGCAACCAACGCUAAAUCUGCCAGCGGCCAGCCACCUGCAAGCUCUGUAACGAAUCGCACUGCCCCUGCUGGCUCCGACUGGACACCCGCUAGCGAUCUGCGGCGGGUCUCAAUUAGCAGCGCAAGAGUUUCCAGCCUUGCCAGCAUCCACGAGGAUGAUGACCUUCCACUUGCGCAUACCGCUGCCGGUGACGAACCUCUACCGCCUCCGACAACAUCCACAAAUUCCACACCAAUUGAUGCUGCCGCCCUUGAUGCCACCACUCCAACAACCACAAAUCCAAAUCCCAUUGAAAAUUCCCAUCAUCAACAGUCCGCUGGCGCCGCUGCUCAAUCUGCCACUGCUACCACCGCUGUUUCCGAUAUUGUGCGCAGGAUCCGCCUGAUUGACCCGGCUGUAAAUUUGUCGUCCUCCCAGCCUCCGACGCCUGCACCACUCGCUACACCUGCCGCUGCAUCGCCGUCCAUUCCACUUGUCACGUUCAAUUCGGUCGCGCCUCUUUCGCCGACUGGUACCGUACCCCUUAGCCCAAGUGCAGAAACCCCCUCAAACGCGACCUUUCCCUUUUCGACCUCGACUCCUGCCAAUCUUAAUUCCAAUCCGCCGUCUACACAUCCCACUGCUACCCCGGGUAGCCCUACCACCACGCGCUCCUCGUCGACCGCUCCCACGCGGCCCUCGGUCCCACCGAGACGUCAGAGUCUUUUGCCCAGUCGCCAGACGACUCUCAUUCGAACGCUCCUCGACGCGAACCAGACCGAUGAACUCGAUACCGGCGGCAACACCAACCAUAACCUUCUUCCUAUAAGCGCCGCUAUGGUGACGCGAAAGAUCUGGGUCAAGCGGCCGGGUGGCUCCGCGACCCUCGUCACUAUCAAUGAAGAGGACUUGGUCGAUGACGUGCGGGAUAUGAUCCUCAGAAAAUACGCCAACUCCCUAGGUCGCCAAUUCGACUCCCCCGACUUGAUCCUGCGGAUAGCCCCCAGGGAGUCAAGACAGGAGCGUGUCUUGGGCCCAGAAGAGCCAAUGGCCCGGACCUUGGAUGCAUACUUCCCCGGAGGCCAGACAGUGGAUGAAGCCCUCGUCAUCGACAUCCCGCCCCGUCGUACACCAAAGGAAUCACCCAGGGCCGGCCCUCCGCAUGUUCCUCACGGCUUGCCGACGUAUUACGAAGAGACACUUAGACCGUCGGAAGGAGGUACCGAUUAUUUUGGCCCUGGCGCUCUCGCCCAUCUACCCUCCGGCAUGGGUGGCGGCCCUGUCACGACUGCCCCUGUUAAUGGCACGACGCAGUCACAUCCUCAUACCAUAUCCGUUUUGGGAACAGGACACAUACCCCAGGUACCCUCUCCCGGAGGGACACUACGGCCCCGCCAGUACCUCCAACGACCAGACCGCCCUCGCCUGGGUAGGCAACAUACAUCGUCGCCCACGAUUCUCAACGUAAUUGGAGCCGGAGGUCACGCCGCUACGAUUGCAGUGGCAUCGGCAAAUCAUGGUAUGCAGCAAUCCUCUCUUUCCAAGGUUCAGCGAUCAAGGACUCAUUCCGUUGCCUCGUCAGAACAAUCUACGACCGGUGCCGUUUCCGGUCCCCCGGCCUCAGCUCCGCAUGUCCCUCACGUUCCUCCGGCACCACCCUUGCCUACUCCGCCACCUGCUGCGCAAGAGCCGGUCCCGGCUAUCCCGACACAGCACCCGGUCACUACUCCCCCAGCAAGAGUGGCUUCCCCUCGGCCUACGACAGCAAUGGCAACGAGACUCAAGAAAAAGAAAGCCACUCCAGACCACACACCGCUGCCAGCUGUGAUGCUCAGUAGUGCCGUUCCACCAAUCAAUGUCUUGAUCGUGGAAGACAAUAUCAUUAAUCUUAAACUCCUUGAGGCUUUCGUCAAGCGACUCAAGGUCCGGUGGCAGACCGCUAUGAACGGACGAGAAGCUGUCAACAAGUGGCGCAAGGGAGGCUUCCACUUGGUGUUGAUGGAUAUUCAGCUGCCUAUCAUGAGUGGCCUGGAAGCGACUAGGGAGAUUCGAAGGCUCGAACGCAUGAACUCGAUCGGUGUGUUUUCCAACAGCAACAGCAAUGGAGGAAACAAUGGCGGCGAAUCUGGUGGCGAUCCUGACGUAAUGCCCGAGGAGGACAAACUUGAGAAUAUUGAGCUAUUCAAGAGUCCCGUCAUCAUCGUAGCUCUCACGGCCAGUUCGCUGCAGAGUGACAGGCACGAGGCCUUGGCGGCGGGUUGCAAUGAUUUCUUGACCAAGCCCAUCACCUAUAUUUGGUUGGAACGCAAAGUCAUGGAAUGGGGCUGCAUGCAAGCCCUUAUCGACUUUGACGGUUGGAGGAAAUGGAAAGAUUUCGGGUCCAGCAAUGGCGAGGACAAGAAGGAUAGUGCGUCUAAGGACAGCAGCGGAACAGCCUCUAAGAAAGCCGUCGCCAGACCCAAGAGGAAACCGACUAUGCAAAAGGAGCUUACAAGCCCACAUCACACAGCACAAGCGGCGCCGCCCUCAGAGGUGUCACCUAUCACCCAGACGAGUCAGAUUUCGAGCGACGAUAAGUGAGAUGCCUGACGCUGACCCUGACUGACGUUCAUCACUACACAUUUUUGGCUUUGGUUGGUUGUAUCAUAUACCCUUCACCUGGCGGUAUCUUAUUCUCUCUUCUGGAUUAUAGUUUCGUUUUACUAGAUG